UGCAUGUGCUGGCAACCUGGAUUCCACCGCUGCCUGAGACAAACAGGAAAUAAAAUCUAUCCAGGAGCCAAGGGCAGAGAGAGACCUUCUUCCAAACCGCAGUGAAAUGGGGUUCCUCUAUGUCUUCCUGGCCUUAGUCUUGGCUGCCUUCCUUGCAGCUGCGGUCUUGCUAGUGGUGGGAAGCAUUUACUUUGACGCCUGCAACUCCGAGGUCCCUCCCGGCGUGGAACAGCCGGCAAAGCUCCGGAUUAUUCAUGCCACUCUGGUUGGGACGUCCAUCCUGGGAAGGAUUUUGGAGAACCUACACAUCAGUACCCAAAUCCGGUUUGUGCGGUUUGUGCGGAACGGAUGGAAGCCGAGGAGGAAAGACACCGCACUCUUCUUCAAGGAUGUGAAGUUUAAGCAUGUGCCUGUCCGGAUUUAUCAGCCUAAAGCGCCCUCUGCUGGCCAAAGGAAAGGCGUCCUGUAUUUUCAUGGUGGCGGCUUUGUGUUCGGAAGCAUCCGAACCCACGAAAAUAUCUGCCGCUACAUUGCCCGAGAAAGUGAAUCGGUGGUUGUGUCUGUGGAGUACCGCUUAGCGCCUGAGCACACCUAUCCAGCCCCGCUGAACGACUGCCUUGCGGCUGCCACCCAUUUCCUCAAGGCGGCCGACGACUAUGGCGUGGAUCGUACCCGCAUCAUUGUUGCCGGCGACAGUGCCGGGGGUCACCUUGCAGCCACGGUUUGCCAAACCUUAGCAGUUAGGCCAGGCCUCCCCAAAGUCCGAGCUCAGAUCCUCCUCUAUCCGGGUCUCCAGGCUGUGGAUUUCAACCUACCUUCCUACCAGCAGAACCGAGCCGUCCCCAUUUUGUUCCGGGAACGAUCCGCCUUUUACAUGUUGCAACACCUGAACGGAAACGCUGCCCAUCUGGAAGAGGUGCUGGAAGGUUCUCACGUUCCUGUGGGCUUAAGGUUAAAGUACCGACAAUGGCUGAGCGCAGACAAUAUUCCCAAAGAGUUUAAGACCAGGGGCUACAAGCCUUUUGUUCCCAUUGGCUGCGAAGAUGACGUCUAUGAGGCUCUGAAGAUCCUGAGCUCCCCUGAAUGCUCACCACUCCUAGCAGAAGAUGCGCUCCUUCGCCGUCUCCCAGAGACAUUCAUUUUAACCUGUGAAUAUGAUGUCCUGAGGGAUGAUGGGUUGCUCUACAAGAAAAGACUGGAGGACAAUGGCAUCACAGUCACUUGGCACCACCUUUCCAAUGGAUUCCAUGGAGUUUUAAGCUUCUUUGAUGGACUCUGGUUGCAUUUCCCCUCCGGGAAAAAAGGGAUGGAUGCGAUCGUCAACUUCGUCCGAAGUUUAUAGCAAAGGAAGGCCAUAAUCCUUCAUAGAGGCUGUGAUGAUGCGUAACUUUACGACUGAGCUGUAUUGCUGACAUGCUACACAACCAUGUCAGUGAACUGCAGCAAUGUGCAACAGGCUGAACCCAUUAAA